AUGCCGAGCAAGAUGAACUUUACUUUUGGUUGUGUAAUUCUGUUUUUGCUGGCAUUACUCGCCGUGGCACAAGAUAUCAACGAGUGUAGUUCUAACCCGUGUCUACAAGGCUCUUGCAUCGAUCAGAUUAACGGCUUUACGUGCUUUUGCAGCGAUGGAUUCAUGGGCACAAAUUGUGAAUUAAAUAUCAACGAGUGUAGUUCUAGCCCGUGUCUACAAGGCUCUUGCAUCGAUCAGAUUAACGGCUUUACGUGCAAUUGCAGUGAUGGAUUCAUGGGCACAAGAUGCGAAUUAAAUAUCAACGAGUGUAGUUCUAGCCCGUGUCUACAAGGCUCUUGCAUCGAUCGGAUUAACGGCUUUACGUGUUUUUGCAGAGAUGGAUUCAUGGGCACAAGAUGUGAAAUAGAUAUCAACGGGUGUAUUUCUGAACCAUGUCAAUAUGGAGGCUUGUGUUUGGAUUUGAAUAACUCCUAUACGUGCAGUUGCGAAGAUGGAUUCACGGGCACAAACUGUGAAACAAAUAUCAACGAGUGUAGUUCUAGCCCGUGUCUACAAGGCUCUUGCAUCGAUCGAAUUAACGGCUUUACGUGCUUUUGCAGCGAUGGAUUCAUGGGCAUAAGAUGUGAAUUAAAUAUCAACGAGUGCAUUUCUGAACCGUGUCAAUAUGGAGGCUUGUGUUUGGAUCUGGAUAACGCCUAUACGUGCAAUUGCAACGAUGGAUUCACGGGCAAAAACUGUGGAACAAGUAGGAUCAUGCAUUUUCAUUUUAAUCAAGUUUUGUAA